ACAGGAAAGAGAGUGGGCCAGAAUGGUUCAAGAUUCAACAUAUUCCGAUUAUCAGAUGUGAUAAUGAGAUGUGGACUUCUGAAGAGCAUCCUUUAUGAUCCAAAGAUACUGCAGGAGUGCGGCCCUUUUCACUAGCACCGAUGAAUAAUGGUAGACAGAGGUUGUCUAGUAUAAACUCGAGCUGCACGUUGAACUGUGUUCAGAUCAAACACAGGGAGAUGACAAUGACAAUGGAAAGAGUAGUCGAAGAGAAUGGCAAGACGAGAGGGGAUGAUGAGUACACCAAAGAUGGAACAGUUGACCUCAUGGGUAAUCCUGUGUUAAGAUCAAACACAGGGAGAUGGAGAGCAACCUCCUUCAUUGUAGGGUAUGAAGCAUUUGAGAGGAUGGCAUUUUAUGGAAUAUCAACAAAUCUAGUGCUGUAUCUCACAAGAAAAUUACAUGAAGGCACCGUGAAGUCUUCAAACAAUGUCACCAACUGGGUUGGCACUGUCUGGCUGACACCCAUUCUAGGUGCCUACAUCGCGGAUGCUCAUCUUGGCCGUUACUGGACUUUCAUCGUUUCAGCCUUCAUCUAUCUUGGGAUAUUUGUUGUGCAACAGGGCAUGUCCUUGCUGACACUAGUAGUUUCAUUAAAAUCUCUCCGGCCACCAUCAUGCGGUGACAGUAUAAAAGACGUGGACUGUGACAAGCAAGCUUCACCUUUUCAAGUGGGUAUUUUCUACUGUGCAUUGUACAUAAUUGCACUUGGAACUGGAGGGACAAAGCCCAACAUCUCAACAAUGGGUGCAGAUCAGUUUGAUGAAUUUGAGCCAACAGAAAAAACCCAGAAAAUAUCAUUCUUUAAUUGGUGGGUCUUUAGUAUCUUCUUCGGCACACUUUUUGCCAGCACUUUCCUAGUCUAUAUACAAGAUCAUGCAGGCUGGGGACUUGGAUAUGGUCUUCCAACAAUCGGACUCUUUUUAUCAAUAUUGGUGUUUCUAGCAGGCUCGCCUUAUUAUAGGCACCAACCUGCAUCUGGGAGCCCAUUGACCAAGAUGGCUAGAGUUCUUAUAGCCACUAUUAGAAAAUGGGAUGUGGUUGUCCCGGAUGAUCCAAAAGAACUACAUGAGUUGAAUUUGGAUGAAUAUUCCAAACCUGGAAAGUAUAGAAUUGAACACUCUCCUUUACUAAUGUCAUUUUUUUUUUUUUUUAUCAAAGAAGAGGUUUAUGGUUCUCUGUUUCCUUUACAGGAGUCUUGUGUUAUGAGUACGACUUUUAAUUAUCUUUUUCUUUUACACAGAAUACUAGAUAAAGCAGCUGUUGUGGAUGGACGGAGCCCUCACUGGAUGCUGUGCACAGUGACUGAAGUUGAAGAAACAAAACAAAUGGUGAAAAUGGUGCCAAUCUUAUUAGUAUCAUUCUUACCUAGCACCCUGAUAGCUCAAGGACAUACGCUCUUCAUCAAGCAAGGUACCACUCUUGUUAGAAGCAUAGGUCCUCAUUUCAGCAUUCCCCCGGCAUCUCUUGUAGCAUUCAUAACAAUCUUUAUGCUGAUCACUGUUGUGAUCUAUGAUAAAUUCCUGGUUCCCACGCUUCGAAGCUACACCAAAAAUCCAAGAGGGAUCCCAAUGCUGCAAAGAUUGGGAAUAGGCCUAGUAAUGCAUGUCAUCAUCAUGAUCAUUGCUUCAGUUUGUGAAAGGAAGCGGUUAAACGUCAUUAAAGAUCACGGCAUUACAAAGAAAAAUCAAAUCGUUCCGCUCAGCAUUUUCAUAUUACUUCCUCAGUAUGCUCUGAUGGGGGUUGCUGACACAUUUUGGGAAGUGGGGAGACUUGAAUUCUUCUAUGAUCAAGCUCCAAAAAGUAUGAAAAGCUUGGGCACAGCCUAUUAUACAACUAGCUUGAGUAUGGGGAAUUUUCUAAGCAGUUUUAUUCUAACAACUGUGUCUGAUUUCACUAAGAGGGAUGGUCACAAGGGCUGGAUUUUGGACAACUUGAAUGUGUCUCGCUUGGACUAUUUCUACGCAUUUUAUGCUGUUCUGAGCUUUAUUAACCUCUUGUUUUUUCUUCUGGCUGCAAACUUUUUUGUUUACAACAAAGAACAAGAUGAUGCUACAAUGGAGUUGGAAAAUGUCAAGGAUACUUCUGAUACAAAUGCUUUCUUCAAAGAUGUAAUAAUGUAGUAAGUACUUUUUCAACAAAGAUGAAAAUAAGAGAAACUAAGAGGGGUGUAUUGGAUUGAGAUUUUAAAGCAUUUUUUUGCAUUCAUGAAA